UCGGUCAACGGCCAGACUACCGGCUUCAAGACACCCUCUCCCAAACAUACCCCCCAGUCUCUGAGACGAGAUUCUCAAUCUUUGAACACGCAGUCCGUCCAGAGCUCUCCGUUUGGCACCACCCAGGAGGGAUACAACUUUGCUCCUAGCGGCUACAACAGCAUGAACCAGAUGCAAUCGUAUGCUGACGUGCAUCAAUCCCACAUGGCCACUGCUGCUCACGCUCCAGCUUCGGCCCCUCCAUCGGGGCUGUCGCACUACUCAUACCCCCCACAGCCAUCAAUGAUGCAAUCUCAACAUCAAUACAGUCAAGGCCCGCCUGGAUACCCGCCAUACGGCUACCCUGGUGGCGUCCCUUCGCAGAUCCCAGCUUCUUCAUCUAUGAACCAAGCUAUGGUACCCUCAACACUCCAACUACCAGCCAUGUCGUCUGGUGCACCAGCUUCAUCGCUACCAGGCUCUCAGAGCUACCAGACACAGACCUUUGACCACACCGGUCAGGUUGCUCCUCCAGGAAUGAAGCCUCGUGUAACUGCCACUCUCUGGGAAGACGAAGGCAGUCUUUGCUUCCAAGUGGAGGCCAAGGGCGUUUGUGUUGCGCGCCGCGAGGACAAUCACAUGAUCAAUGGAACUAAGCUUCUCAAUGUCGCCGGCAUGACGCGAGGUCGACGAGAUGGCAUCCUUAAGAGCGAGAAGACACGACACGUUGUCAAGAUUGGCCCCAUGCACCUCAAGGGUGUCUGGAUUCCCUUUGAGCGAGCCCUCGAGUUUGCCAACAAGGAGAAGAUUACUGAGCAGCUGUACCCUCUGUUCGUUCAUGACAUCGGUGCACUGCUCUAUCAUCCGUCUAAUCAGACGAGGUCAAGUGUAGGGAGCGCUGCCAUGGCUGCUGUAGACCGCAACCGAAGACCUGACCCUAUGCAGACUCAUCAGCGAUACCUCUCCGGACCAGCUGCGUCGCAGCCUCCGUCGCUUCACCACCAUCAUUCGAUGAGCAACCCCAUUGGAGCUGCUAUUUCUCAGCCCCCGCACGCCAUUCAGCCCCACCCAUCAUCUGGUCGCCCAGGGAUUGACCGGGCCCACACUUUCCCUACUCCUCCCACCAGCGCUUCGAGCAUCAUGGGCAUGGGCAACCAGGGAAGCUCCUAUGAAUGGAACGGUAACAACGUUCAAAACCCUCAGGGCGGACAGCCACUAUCUAUCGACACGGGACUAAGCAACGCUCGCUCUGUACCUACAACACCUGCAAGCACGCCUCCAGGAGCUGUCCAACAAGGCAUGCCUUAUGCACCUGGCCAAAGCUUUGAUGGUUCCCGGCCCAUGUACUCUGGUCCUCCUUCCCAGCCUGGCCAGUACACACAGGGACAACCAAUGAUGGGUUACCGCCAGGACGGUUCCUACCCAAAGACAGAGAUGGCACCCCCAUCUCGUAUCAAUGACGUACCUGACGAGGGUGAGGUCAAGCAACCCGAUGGCAUGAUGCCCCAAGGCCACGAGCAGGUUGCACCGCCGCCGCAAGGUACCGAAGGCGAGCAUGAUCACGGCAAUGAGUACACACACUCGAACGCUUCCUACAAUGGCAACCGGGGCCCGUAUGGAUACCAGCCCAACGGCCCACCUGGAGCCAUGCAUCCCGAUCACCCUCACCUCUCUCCCGAGAUGACUGGCUCUCCUCACCAGAACGGCUCUGGACGUGCCACACCUCGUUCAGCUGCCACUGGCCAGCCGCAGUGGAGCUCGGGUUACCCUACUCCACAACGUCAAGCACCACCUUCCAGCAACCUUUACAACGUAAUGAGCGAUCCACGUGGUGCCCCGAAUGGUAAUGCCACCCAUGAUGCCUAUCAAGGCCCUGGCGCUGUACCUCAGUACGCUACUCAAGGUUAUCCUCCUACUAACGGUGUAAACUCGGGCAAACGUGGUCGCGAUGACGACGAAGAAGAUCCCUACCGCCCCGACAGCGUCCAGGGAGACGACAUGAGUGGUCUCAAGCGUCGUAAGACUCUGGAAGGUGGCGCCGUCGGCGGACCAUAUGCCGACCCUACUCCUGGGCUACAGCGCGCGCAUACGAUGACAGCCCAGCGCGGUAGGCGGUAAUGAAAGACUUUGCGCAUUGU